AUGGUUCAAUUAGAAAAGGUACCAAUAUUGGGUAAGGCAAUUAUCCAUGUUGGUCACAACAUUCAUAAGCAUAUGGUUGAAACGAUCAUCUCAAACUGCAAAUCCUCGACGUAUGUUUUAAUCAAUGAUACUAACAUUUUAAAAGUUCCUUAUUAUAAGGAAUUUGUCAACUCUUUUGAAAAAAGUUUACCACCAGCUUCUCGUUUAUUAAGAUACGUCAUUAAACCAGGGGAAUCAAGUAAAAAUAGAAAAACCAAAGCAGAAAUUGAAGAUUACAUGUUAACUAAAGGAUGUACCAGAGAUACUGUUGUAAUUGCUCUUGGUGGUGGUGUGGUUGGUGAUAUGAUUGGAUUUGUUGCAGCUACUUUUAUGAGAGGUGUGCGUGUUGUUCAAAUCCCAACGUCUUUGCUUUCAAUGGUUGAUUCUUCAAUUGGUGGGAAAACCGCUAUUGAUACUCCGUUAGGGAAGAAUUUCAUCGGUAGCUUUUGGCAACCACAAUUUGUAUUAAUUGAUAUUAAAUGGUUGGAAACUUUGCCAAAAAGAGAAUUCAUUAAUGGUAUGGCUGAGGUUAUAAAGACCGCCUGUAUUUGGAAUGCUGAUGAAUUCACAAGGUUAGAAGAAAACGCUUCUUUGUUUUUAAAUAUUGUUAACAAUUCUAAAAUGACUAAAAAUUCCGAUGGUGAUGAUAUUACAUUCACGGAUAUUAAUUCUAUGUUAGAACAUACUUAUAAGUUAGUUUUGGAAAGUGUCAAAGUCAAAGCUGACGUUGUUUCUUCUGAUGAACGUGAAUCUAGCUUAAGAAACCUACUAAAUUUUGGCCAUACAAUUGGUCAUGCUUAUGAGGCUAUUUUAACUCCUCAAGCCUUGCAUGGUGAAUGUGUGUCAAUUGGUAUGGUUAAGGAGGCUGAAUUGUCUCGCUAUUUAGGUAUCUUGUCACCAACUCAAGUUUCUCGUUUGGUAAAAAUCCUAGUAGCAUAUGGUUUACCCGUUUCUCCUAAGGAACCUUGGUUUAAACAAUUAACUCUAAACAAAUCAACUCCUCUAGAUACUUUAUUAGCUAAAAUGAGUAUUGAUAAGAAAAAUGACGGCUCAAAGAAAAAGUCAGUUCUUUUAGAGAAUAUUGGUAAAUGUUACGGUACUUCAGCUCAUGUUGUUUCUGAUGAAGACUUGAGAUUUGUUUUAACUGAUGAAACCUUAGUUUAUCCAUUCAGUAAUAUCAAAGAAACUCAAGAAAAGAUUAUUACUCCACCAGGCUCUAAGUCAAUAUCGAAUCGUGCUUUAAUAUUGGCUGCAUUAGGUGAAGGUUCUUGUAAAAUUAAAAAUUUGCUACAUUCUGAUGAUACAAAGCAUAUGUUAAACGCAAUUCAGGAAUUAAAAGGAGCUAAGAUUACUUGGGAAGAUAACGGUGAUACCGUUGUUUUAGAAGGUCACGGCGGUAAAACUUUAACUGCUUCAGAAAAUCCUUUGUAUUUGGGUAAUGCUGGUACUGCAUCAAGAUUUUUGACUUCUCUUGCUGCUUUAGUUAACUCUUCAUCCACUCAAGACUAUAUUGUAUUAACUGGUAAUGCUAGAAUGCAACAAAGACCUAUUGGUCCAUUAGUGGAUUCAUUACGUACAAACGGUACUAAGAUUGAUUAUUUGAAAGAUGACGGAUGCUUGCCUCUAAAAAUUUAUACAGACACUAAACUAAGGGGUGGGAAAAUUGAAUUAGCUGCGACAGUCUCCUCUCAAUAUGUAUCUUCUAUAUUAAUGUGUGCUCCAUAUGCAGAAGAGCCAGUAACUUUGUCUUUAGUUGGUGGUAAACCAAUCUCCAAAUUAUAUGUUGAUAUGACCAUAAAGAUGAUGGAAAAAUUUGGUAUUAAAGUAGAAACUUCCAAAACAGAGCCUUAUACCUACCAUAUUCCUAAAGGUAAUUAUGUUAAUCCAACAGAAUAUGUUAUCGAAAGUGAUGCCUCAAGUGCAACCUAUCCAUUAGCAUUUGCUGCUAUGACCGGUACCACAGUGACUAUUCCAAAUAUCGGAUAUGAAUCUUUACAAGGUGAUGCUAGAUUCGCAACUGACGUUUUGAGACCAAUGGGAUGUAAAGUAGAACAGACCGCUUCUUCCACAACAGUCACUGGUCCUUCUAAAGCUAAAUUGACUCCUUUGAAACAUAUAGAUAUGGAACCAAUGACUGAUGCAUUUUUAACUGCUUGUGUUGUUGCUGCAAUUGCAAAUGAUCAAAACAACCCUACAUCUAGAAAUACCACAACUAUUGAAGGUAUUGCUAACCAAAGGGUGAAAGAAUGUAAUAGAAUCGAGGCUAUGGCUACUCAACUGGCAAAAUUUGGCGUUGAAACUGAUGAACUUCCAGAUGGUAUCCGCGUUCAUGGUUUAAAAACUAUCGAUGAUCUGAAAGUCCCUUCAGAUGAUAAUGGACCUGUUGGUGUUUGUACUUAUGAUGAUCAUCGUGUUGCAAUGAGUUUCUCUUUAUUAGCUGGUAUGGUUAACUCAAGCAAGAAACUUAAUGAUGAAAAUGUAAAUCCAGUCAGAAUAUUAGAAAGAAGUUGUACUGGUAAAACUUGGCCAGGCUGGUGGGAUGUAUUACAUACUGAAUUAGGUGCUAAGCUCGAUGGUGCUGAGCCAUUAUCUUUCACACAUGGUACAAGCCGGAAAAGUGUUGUUUUAAUCGGUAUGAGAGCAGCAGGUAAGACUACAAUUAGUAAAUGGUGUUCAGCAGCAUUAGGGUAUAAACUAAUUGAUAUGGACGAUUAUUUUGAAGAGCAAUGGGGCAAAGGAUCUGUAAAAGAAUUUGUCGCUGAAAAUGGAUGGGAAGAAUUUAGGAGAUUGGAAACCCAAUACUUCAAAGAAGUUAUUGAAAAAUACGGUGAUUCCGGUUAUGUCUUUUCGACAGGUGGUGGUAUUGUUGAGAGUGGUGAAGCUCGAAAAAUUAUGAAUGAGUUUACAGCCUCAGGUGGCUUUGUCUUACACUUGCAUAGAGAUAUUGAAGAAACCAUUGUGUUCCUAAAUAGUGAUCCUACAAGACCAGCUUAUGUCGAAGAAAUUAGGGAGGUCUGGAACAGAAGAGAGAGUUGGUACGAAUUAUACUCUAACUAUACCUUCUUUGCUCCUCAUUGUGCUAAUGAAAUCGAAUUCCAAAAUUUAAGAAGAGCUUUUCAGUGUUACAUAACUCGUAUUACAGGUGUAUCCAAGGUGCAGCUACCAACCAAAAGAUCUUCCUUUGUUUGUCUAACUUUCAACGAUUUAACUAAAGAAGUUGACAACUUGCGUGCUAUUACUUAUGGCUGUGAUGCUGUAGAGGUAAGGGUUGACCAUUUAUCCGAUUUGAAUUGUGCUAAUGUAAGUAAACAAAUUUCAAUUUUACGUACUUCAACAGAUAGCCUACCAAUAAUAUUCACUGUUAGAACAGAAGAGCAGGGUGGUAAAUUCCCAAAUAAAGAAAUUAAACUAUUGAAAAAGCUAUUUUUACUUGCCUUGAAAGCAGGUGUAGAAUUUAUUGACAUUGAGUUAACAUUACCAACCAGUGUUCAAUAUAUGGUUCUAAACAGCAAAGGUAAAACCAGAGUCAUUGGCUCGCACCAUGAUUUCAACGGAUCAUAUGGUUGGGAAGAACCUGAAUGGGAGAAUAGAUACAAUCAAGCUUUGGCAAUGGAUGUUGAUAUUAUUAAAUUUGUCGGUUCGGCUAAAAAAUUCAGUGAUAAUUUAGCAUUAGAAAGAUUCAGAGAAAAUCAUACAUCUAAACCAUUGAUUGCUGUCAAUAUGUCUGCUUUGGGUAAAAUUUCCAGGGUUUUAAAUCCAUUUAUGACUCCAAUUACAAGUGAAUUAUUACCAGGUGUUGCUGCUCCCGGUCAGUUAUCUCUAUCUGAAAUAAAUAAAAUUUAUACUACAAUUGGUGGAUUUACUGAAAAGAAGUUAUACGUUGUUGGUUCCCCAAUUAGUCACUCAAGAUCUCCCAUCUUACAUAAUACUGGUUAUAAUAUUUUGGGCUUGCCAUACAAAUUUGACAAAUUUGAAACUGAUAAUGUUGCUAGAGUUAAAGAAGCAUUAUUAGAUGGUGAACCUCAAUUAGGCGGUUUGGCUGUUACUAUUCCAUUAAAGUUGGACAUAAUGCAAUAUAUGUCAGAAUUAACCGAUGCUGCUAAAAUCAUAGGUGCCGUAAACACUGUUAUUCCAUUAGGUAAUGGAAAAUUUAAAGGGGAUAACACUGAUUGGCUUGGUAUUGUCAAUUCAUUGAUUGGUAAUGGUGUACCAGAAAAAUUGAGCAAUACUUGUGGAUUAAUUGUUGGUGCAGGUGGUACUUCAAGAGCAGCAGUCUACGCUUUGAAACAACUAGGUUGUUCCAAAAUAUAUAUGAUCAAUAGGACUACAACUAAAUUACAUGAACUAAAAAAGCAAUUUCCUGAAGAAUAUAACAUUAUUAUUCCCGAAACUGUUGAUGAUGUAGAGAAGAUUAAAGAAUCUGUUUCAAUUGCUGUAAGCUGUGUUCCGGCAGAUAAGUCUCUAGAUUCUGAACUACUAAGUAAAUUGGAAAGAUUUUUGAAUAAAAAACCUAGAGUUUCAUAUGUUCCAACUUUAUUAGAAGCGGCUUAUAAGCCUGUACAGACACCUGUUAUGAAAUUAGCACAUGAGAAAUAUCAAUGGGUUACAAUUCCAGGCUCUCAGUUACUAGUCUAUCAAGGUGUUGCCCAAUUUGAACAAUGGACAGGCUUUAAAGCUCCUUUCAAGGCUAUUUUUGAUGCCGUCACCAGAGAUUGA